AUGCCAACUUCUAAAACUUCAAAAAGAAAAGUUGAGCCAUCGCAGCAUUGGAAAAGGAAGAAGGUACAAAAAGUUUCACCAAAAGUCGUCCAAAGCAGCAAGGAGGAUUCUUCCAUUCAAGAAAACACUGAUAAAUCCACCAACUUGCCCAUAGAAGAAACUCCCAACAAUUCUAAUAACUCUUCUGCUUCUUCCAGCACUUCGAGCUCUAACAAUACUGCCACAAGUUUUACACACUCUUCUAGCUCACAACCUCGAGAGAUCGAGGUCGAAAAACCCACUCAAGAGCCACUUUCAGUUUCGAACGUAACACCAAUCAGAACUAAAUCUCCUGACAAGAAGGAGAAGGAGCCUUCAUCGUCUUCCUCAUCAAGUGCCCUUAUUUUGUCGCAUUAUUUGCAUGAAAAAAAAGAAGUUAAUCAACCUGUCAAGAAAUUUGACUCCAAAGAUCAACAAGAAAAAGGAAACCCUUUGAAAACUCAGACCAUCGAGAAAGAACUUUCUCCUAAAAAGAUUGAUGUCGAUCUUACAAUUCCUUCUUCUCCUUCCGUGGAAAAUAUCCAAUUAAAAAAUGAGAGGAAGACACAAAACCUAUAUCCAAUGCUAAUUCGCAAAUUAAUGAGACAUCAAAUCUUGUCGAGAGAGCUAGUCCUAGUAUCAAUCCACAACAAGAAUGCAAACAAUUACUACACUUCUGGUAGUUAG